AUGGCUUACGGCCUCCGAAAUGCCGCUCAAACGUGCCAGCGCUUCAUGGACGAUGUUCUCCGGGGAUUGGAAUUCUGUUUUGGAUACUUGGAUGACAUCCUGGUAUACAGCUCCAACAGCGCGCAGCAUCAGCAACACCACAGGCAACUUUUUCAAAGACUGACGGAAUACGGCGUUCUAAUAAACACCAACAAGUGCGUUUUUGGGCAGUCUGAGGUCAAUUUCCUAGGAUAUAAGGUUUCAGCAGCGGGAAUCCAGCCACUGGAUGCGAAGGUGCAGGCUAAUCGAGAAUUCCCUCCACCAAAAACCGUCAAGGAAUUCAGACGUUUUCUUGGAAUGGUUAACUUUUAUCGCCGCUUAAUCCCAAAUGGAGCUACGAUUCAAGCUCCACUCAACCAAAUGCUUGCUGGCCCAAAGACGAAAGGUUCACAACCUAUCAACAUGACACCCGCUCUUUUGGAGGCAUUUAAUAACUGCAAGAAUAGUCUUUCUGAAGCCACCCUAUUGGUACAUCCUGAUUCACAAGCAGAGUUGGCGAUUCAAACAGAUGUUUCAGAUUCAGCAAUAGGGGCAGUCCUGCAGCAAUACCAGGACAACGAAUGGAAACCACUGGCAUUCUCUUCCAAGAAGCUAAGUCCAAGCCAGUGGAAGUAUAGCCCUUAUGAUCGCGAACUUCUUUCCAUCUACGAAGCCAUCAAACACUUCUGCUUCAUGGCCGAAGCACGAAAUUUCGCGAUUAUAACAGACUCUGACGUUUGCUUUUACAACGCACCGAACGAGCUGCUCGCCACGCCAGUUUCGUUACCUUGA